AUGUGCGUGAUAUGGGAGAAAGCAGUACGUACUGGGCGUAUUGAUCCGAUGCGGUUUGUCGCAAUUACUUCAACGAACGCUGCGAAAAUGUUCAACUUGUAUCCGAAAAAGGGACGUAUUGCUGUUGGUGCAGAUGCUGAUCUCGUACUAUGGGAUGCAUCAGGCCGAUGGAAAUUAUCAGCUGCCGAACGACAAUCUUCCGUGGAUCUCAGUAUAUAUGAAGGAAUGACUGCAUCAGUGACAAUAGUGUGCGGUCGUGUGGCGUGGAAGGAUGGCAAGAUUCAAGAUGCCAAAGGCAGUUUUGUGCAGUUGUCACCCAAUAGUCCGUAUUUGUUCAGUGUAGUCCAGCAAAGAGACAAGAUAAACUGCGCUGAGAAAGUCGACCGAGGUGAAGCACCAAGUGUGUCUUCGAAUGGGCAUCUACCAAGACGAGGAAACCUGAAACCAUCACCAUUUGACCGACCAGUUCCGAGAAAAUCACAUAUGGAGUCGAAUAUCACCUUUGGUAAGACUUUAGUUAAUUAG